AUGACGUCAUCGAAAGCUGACUAUGACGUCAUCGUUAUUGGUGCGGGGAUAGAAGGGUCUGCCAGCGCCUACACGCUGUCCAAGACGGGGAGGAGUGUCCUGCUGCUCGACCAGUUCCCGUUGCCGCACUCUCGCGGAAGCUCACACGGACAGAGCCGCAUCACGCGAUAUGCGUAUGAAGACGGAUUCUACGUAAGGAUGAUGGUGGAUGCCUUCCCCCUGUGGACCCAGCUGGAGCAGGAGUCGGGGUCUCAGUUGUUCAUCAACUGCGGAGUCCUGGAUUUGCGGACAGAAAACUCUCCAGGGAUGAAGCGGGUACUAGAGGCACUGACGGCACACAAUGUUCGCUAUGAAACUCUCAGCCCGGAGCAGCUGCAGCAGCGGUACCCAGCGGUGCGUGCCGGUGACAAGUCUGCAGCGAUAUUCGACCCCAGUGGAGGUAUCCUAAGAGCUGACAAAGCGCUUCAAGCUUUUCAGCAAGUGUUCCUACGACAUGGAGGCGUGAUACGAGAUAAUGAGACAGUGACCUCGGUGACCCCAGGAAGUGACGUCACAGUAAAUACGAACCGGGGCCAGUACACCGCUCACAGUGUUGUCAUAGCAACUGGAGCCUGGGCAAGUCGACUGUGCUCGUCACUGGGUCUACAGCUGCCACUGAAGCCAAUAAGAAUCGGUGUCUACUACUGCAAGGCCAAUGAACACCAGUUCAGUAGUCACCAGUUUCCGUGUUUCAUCGACUGCCGGGGAGUCACUGAAGGAUUCCUGGUCUACGGCCUGCCCAUGUCAGAGUAUCCAGGUUUAGUCAAGGUGUGCUCAUACCAAGGACCAGACAUUAACCCCGACGAGAGAGACCGGGAGACGGAUGAUACAUGGGUGGACAAGGCGGUCCCACAGAUUGCUGCCUCGUUGUUACCAGGCCUGGACGGAACGCCGUCCAUCAAAGAGUACUGUAUUUACACAAAUACCCCAGACGGCCACCCGGUCAUUGAUCGCCACCCGCAGUACCCAAAUAUUGUCAUUGCUGCUGGAUUUUCCG